AUGGAUAUAUUAAAUAGCAAAUAAUUUAGUGAAAAUCAAAAGAAACAAAAAGUGAAUUUGUUUUGGUUUAGAAGAGAUCUUAGAUUAUUUGACAACGUUGGGCUUUAUCAUGCUUUAAAGGAAUCUAUACCUGUCGUACCUCUGUUUAUAUUUGACAAAGACAUUUUAAAUGAGCUCGAAGAUAAAAAGGAUUGCAGAGUAGAAUUCAUUCAUAAUUAUUUGAGUUAAAUGUAAGAUAACCUUAGAAAACAUGGAUCAACAAUGGUUGUCAAACAUUCUAAUGCAGAAAGUGCUUUCAAGAGUCUUAUGGAGGAAUUUGAUAUCUCUUGUGUAUUCACAAACAGAGACUAUGAACCAUACGCAAAAAAGAGAGAUUAAUAGAUUAAAGAGAUACUAAACAGUAAAGGAAUAGGAUUCAAAGAUUUUAAGGACUAGGUUAUUUUUGAAGCUAAAGAAGUACAUCAAGACGAUGGAAGUGCAUUUAAGGUCUAUACUCCUUUCAGUAAAAAAUGGAUCUCUUUACUUAGUGAACCUGAUUAUUAGAGUUACAAAUCAGAGUCACUCAUGAAUAAUUACUGGAAAAGCUAAGUAGAAGUUCCUUUUCCUACUUUAGAAUAGAUAGGGUUUUAAAAAACAGGAAUAGAGUUUCCACCAAGCUAGUUAGAUGAAGAAUUGGUUAAAAAUUAUGAUAAGACAAGAGAUUACCCUCACAUUAAAACAUCUUUGAUGAGUGUUCAUUUGAGAUUUGGCACUGUUUCUAUCAGAGAGCUUGUUAGGAAAGCCGUUCUCCUUAAUUAGAAAUAUCUUGAUGAGCUCUGCUGGAGAGAGUUCUUUAUGAUGAUGAUAGAUUAGUUUCCUCUAUUUGCUACAGAAAAUUUCAAAAAGGCUUAUAAUAAAGUAGAAUGGAGAAACAACCCAGAGGAGUUUAAGGCAUGGUGCGAAGGCAAAACUGGUUACCCUUUAUUAGAUGCAGGAAUGAGGUAACUAAAUAAAACAGGUUACUUACCUAAUAAGCUUAGAAUGAUUGCUGCAAGCUUCUUAACUAAAAAUUUACUUAUCGAUUGGAGAUGGGGCGAGAGGUACUUUGCCUAAAAGUUAAUAGAUUACGACCUAGCAGCUAAUGUAGGAGGAUGGCAGUGGGUAAAUGGUUCAGGAACAGACUAAGCCCCAUACAUUAGAGUAUUAGAUCCUGUAAUGCAACAAAAAAAGUAUGAUCCUGAUUUCAAAUACGUUAAAACUUGGGUUGAAGAUUUUAAUGAAGAUACCUACCCAAAAAGAAUUGUUAACUAUGAAGAGUCAAGACAAAGAGCCCUAGAUGCUUUCUCAAUAGUUUUCAAAAAAAAUUAAAUUAAGCAGCAUUAGCAAUAAAUAAAGGAAAAAAAAGCAAAUUAUUAGCACUAUUAUAAAAAUAAAAAAUGA